AUGACAGAUAACACGGCAACGACUAAGCUAGUACAACGGACUUUGACUGGAGAAAAGACGAAGGAGACCAAAUGCAAGUGUGGAAAGAUCUGCAAGAACUUGCGUGGAUUGCGAAUCCACCAGGCGAAAGCGAGGUGCCAACCUGAGAAGAUACAGCAGCAGCGCACAGGUAGAAGACCUGAUGAGACGCACUGUGAGAGAUUUGGUGUAGAAGGGAAAAAAGCAGAAGUAGCCCACCAGCCUAACAGGAGACAACAGGAAGUGGUCAAGCUUCGGAAAGAACUGAAGGUACUGAGGCGACUAUUCAGGGAUGCUAACGAGCAUGAGAAGUUUAGAUUACAGCAGUUAAGAUCCGACAUUAGAGGAAAGUUGACAACACUACAGAAGGCAGAGAGAUCUAGGAAGAGAAGAAGAGAGACAACAAGGAAAAGGGCAGCAUUUAUAGCCAACCCAUACAAGUUUACAACCUCACUUUUGGGUGGAGAGAGAUCUGGCAAGUUGGAAACCUCCAAACAAGAAAUAGAGCAACAUCUGGAAGAGACACACUGUGAUGCUGAACGGAACAAUCCUCUGGGAGAGUGCGACAGAAUACCAUCAGAGGAAGAGCCAACAAUUCCAUUAGAUGAGAAAGAACCAACCUGGAAGGAAGUUGUAGAAGUGGUGAAGAAAGCAAGAUCAGGAUCAGCACCGGGGCCGAGUGGUAUACCUUACAAAGUUUACAAGAUGUGCCCGAAACUUCUACGACGGCUUUGGAGGCUACUGAAGGUGAUUUGGAGGAAGGGGAAAAUACCAGAAUGCUGGCAGACGGCAGAAGGAAUAUUUGUUCCGAAGGAGAAGAACUCUGCAUCCCUAAACCAGUUCAGAACCAUAUCACUCCUGAGUGUAGAAGGAAAAAUCUUCUUUGCCAUACUCGCCAGAAGGAUGACAACAUACCUGACAUCUAAUGAGUAUAUAGAUUCUUCUGUGCAAAAAGGAGGGAUUCCGGGAUUCCCUGGAUGUAUUGAACACACCAGCGCAAUCACACAGCUUAUCCGGGAAGCAAAGAUUAAUCAUGGAGACUUAACAGUUGUAUGGUUGGACCUCGCCAAUGCAUACGGUUCUGUCCCCCACCAACUGAUCUUUAAGGCUCUGGAACAUUAUCACAUCCCGGAACAUAUCCAAACAAUUGUGAAGAGCUAUUUUAGUAACAUCAGGCUACGGUUUACAGUUGGAGAGAUAACAACAUCAUGGCAAGCACUUGAGAAAGGUAUUGUGACUGGAUGCACGAUAUCUGUCAUACUCUUUGUGAUGGGGAUGAAUUUGAUCAUCAAGGCUGCAGACAGGGAAACUAGAGGACCUAAAACUUCAUCAGGAGUGCGAUUACCACCAAACAGAGGAUUCAUGGACGACCUGACGAUAACAACUACUACACAUGUACAGGCGCGAUGGAUCAUAUCUGCUCUAGAGGCAACAGUUGGAUGGGCAAGGAUGAAGUUCAAACCGGGGAAAUCUAGAUGUCUCAUCUUGAAAAGAGGGAAGGUGACCAGAAGGUUCAAGCUCUCAAUACAGCAGGAGGAGAUACCCACGAUUGUAGACAAUCCAAUCAAGUGUUUGGGGAAGUGGUUUGAUGCCAGCCUGAAUGACAGCAGGAACAUCAAACGGUUACAGACCCAGGUAGAGGAGGGUUUAAGGAAGAUCGACAAAACAGGGCUGCCUGGGAAAUUCAAAUCCUGGAUUUACCAGCAGGGACUUCUUCCUCGCCUGACUUGGCCUCUUACACUGUACGAAGUCACCACUACUACAGUUGAAGCUCUUGAGAUGAAGAUCAACAAGUGUCUACGACGUUGGCUUGGAGUCCCUCCAAGUUUCACCAGUGUGGGCCUGUACAGCACAACAGCCAAACUACAACUACCCAUAUCAUCAUUGGUGGAAGAGUUUAAGGUGGCAAAGGCUAGGCUGGUGAUGACGGUGAGAGACUCCAAAGAUGAGAAGAUCAGGAAUGCUGGGAUUGAGACUCGGACAGGACGAAAGUGGUCAGCAAGCAGCGCGGUCCAGGAAGCAGAAAGCAGAUUAAGGCACAGCGACAUUGUUGGGACUACCUGCAUUGGAAGACAGGGGCUUGGGACAACACAAGUGCAAAGGUGGGGAACAGCGGACACAGUUAGUAGGAGGAAGAUGGUCCAAGACAACAUCAGGAAAAUGGAAGAAGAGAUACGGAAAGCAAAGAUGUGGAAAUGGGAGCACAGGGUGCAUGGACCAGAUGGGAGACAACUGAAAGGCGUCUUACAUGGUCAGACAUCUGGAAGUUGGAACCAUGUAGAAUCCAGUUCCUCCUGCGUUCAGUGUACGAUGUUCUACCAACACCUACCAACUUGCAUCGAUGGGGAAUGA